GCUUAUCCCUCCCCAAAACCCCUCACCGGGCGUCCUCGCUCACGGCGUACCCCUCUGGCGCGCCGCGGCUCCCGGCGGUCCUCCCUCCCUCCUCCGCCACGACACCACCCUCGAAACUAUGUCCUCGUGCCCUCUGUUCCUCAUGACCCCGCGUCCCCCCCCUCUCCUCGUCCACGCCGACCGCUACCCACCCAUCGGGAGCGCCUACCUCCCAACUAGCCGUCGCCCUUGCCCCGGACGGCGGCAUGGUUACCUGUUCCGUUGCGACUCGUCUUCUUCCUCCUCCGCGCCUCGCGACCGCACGCCCAGGCCGCGACAGCAGAGGCAGCGGUCGCAGCGCCCCGGCGGCCGCCGAGUUGACGCCGUCGACCCCGUGGGCUUCCUCGCCAAGCUCCGCGUCUCGGACCGCGCUUUUGCCCAGUUCCUCCGCGACCGGCAUAAGGCUUUGAAGGACCGCAGAUGGGAGCUGUGCUCUCGGUUCAUUGAUCUGAAAGAGGUGUCCUCUGGAUUUGAAUUAUUGGGCAUGCACCGGCAUCGGCAGCACCGCAUGGAUUUCAUGGAAUGGGCUCCAGGUGCUCGCUAUUGUUCAUUGGUUGGUGAUUUUAAUGAGUGGUCGCCAACUGAAAACUGUGCCAGGGAAGGUCAUUUAGGACAUGAUGAUUUUGGAUAUUGGUUUAUCAUACUUGAAGAUAAGCUCAGAGAAGGGCAAGAACCAGAUGAAUAUUUUUUCCAGGAAUACAAUUAUGUCGAUGAUUAUGACAAAGGUGACAAUGGUGUUGAUGCUGAAGAAAUAAUGCACAGGAUGAAAGAAGAGUAUUGGGAACCUGGAGAAAUUAGGUCACACAAGUCUCAGUUAGAGAUGGUUGUUAAGCUAUAUGAGCAAAUGUUUGGCCCAAACGGUCCACAAACAGAGGAGGAGCUAGGUGAAAUUCCUGAUGCGCAAACAAGAUACAAUGAGUGGAAAGCCUUGCAGAAGACUGACUUGUCAAGCAUGUCUCCUUCCUACGAUAUCAUUGACAGUGGUCAGCCGUUUGACAUUUUCAAUGUUGUAACGGAUGGAGCAUCCUUUGAAAAGUUUCAAGCAAAGAAACCUCCCCUUGCUUACUGGGUUGAAAUGAGGAAAGGCCGAAUAGCAUGGCUUGAGAAAUAUGUCCCAACUAUUUCUCAUAAAGACAAGUACAGGGUUUAUUUUAAUACUCCUGAUGGUGCUUUAGAACGUGUUCCUGCUUGGGCUACAUAUGUUCUUCCAGAUGCUGAAGGGAAGCAAUCCUAUGCAGUACACUGGGAACCUCCUCCUGAAGAAGUUUACCAAUGGAGAUUUGGACGUCCAAAGGUCAAGGGUUCACUUAGAAUAUAUGAAUCCCAUGUUGGCAUAAGUGGAUCGGAGGAAAAAGUUUCAUCGUUUCAGGAGUUCACAUCCAAAGUUCUACCUCAUAUAAAAAAUGCUGGAUAUAAUGCUGUUCAACUAAUAGGCGUGGUGGAGCACAAGGAUUACUCCUCCGUUGGCUAUAAGGUGACUAAUUAUUUUGCAGUCAGCAGCAGAUUUGGCACCCCAGAUGACUUUAAGAAACUAGUUGAUGAGGCACAUGGCCUUGGAUUAGUGGUGCUUCUGGAUAUUGUCCACUCCUAUGCCUCGGCAGAUGAACUGGUUGGCUUAUCACUUUUUGAUGGCUCUAACGACUGUUACUUUCACAGCGGAAAAAGAGGGCAUCACAAGUAUUGGGGAACCAGGAUGUUUAAAUAUGAUGAUGUGGAUGUUCUGCACUUCUUAUUGUCCAAUUUGAAUUGGUGGGUCACUGAAUACCGGAUCGAUGGAUUCCAGUUUCAUUCAUUGUCUUCUAUGUUAUAUACUCAUAAUGGGUUUUCUACUUUUACUGGCACCAUGGAAGAGUAUUGCAAUCAGUAUGUUGACAAGGAUGCAAUUAUAUAUCUGAUUCUAGCAAACGAAAUGUUACAUGAUCUUCAUCCAGAUAUUAUAACAAUUGCCGAAGAUGCAACAUUUUAUCCUGGAUUGUGCGAGCCGACCACUCAAGGUGGAUUGGGAUUCGACUACUGUGUCAAUCUUUCUGUUCCAGAAAUGUGGUUGUGGCAUCUUGAAAACGUUCCUGAGCGAGAAUGGAGCAUGAAUAAGAUUAUGAAAGUAUUAGUAAGCAGCGACCAGAAAAUGCUCUCGUAUGUUGAAAAUCAUAACCAGUCGAUAUCAGGACGCAAGUCUUUAGCUGAAAUAAUUCUUAAUUCUGGAAAGUUCUCCGUUGGUUCUGUUGACGAUGAUUUGAUUAGGGCUUCAUUGCUGAAAAUUAUCAAACUAAUUACUUUCACAACGAGUGGAGGUGCUUAUCUCAACUUCAUGGGCAAUGAGUUUGCACAUCCAAAGAGAGUUGAAUUUCCUAUGUCAAGCAAUGACUAUUCCUUCCAGUUAGCUAAUCGGCAAUGGGAACUAUUGGAUAAGGGUUUUCACAAACAUCUUUUUAACUUUGACAAGGAUGUCAUGAGCUUGGAUGAAAAUGAAAGGAUAAUCUCCAGAGGUUCACCCAAUAUUCAUCACUGUGAUGACACGAGCAUGGUCAUAUGUUUCACAAGAGGGCCUUUCAUUUUCAUAUUUAAUUUCAAUCCUGAAGUCUACCACCAGUCAUAUCAUGUUGGUGUGGAUGAAGCUGGGGAAUAUCAACUCAUCUUGAACACGGAUGAAACUAAAUAUGGUGGAUGUGGAGAGCUCAAGAGUAGUCAGUAUAUGAGGCGGACCUGUGACAAAAGAGUUGAUGGUUGUCGAAACUCCUUGGAAUUGGCAUUACCAUCUAGAAGUGCUCAGGUUUACAAGUUAGUUCGAAUUUUGAGAAUUUAGCGCUCAACAAUAAGUAUUGUAAUGGAACCGUGCAACCACGUAGAUGGGGCUUUGCAGUCAAUAUAUGCACCUUUGUGGCAUUUGGUGAUUAGAUGGCAAAACAGCGAUACGGGCAGCAUUAAGUUUUCUUCUCAUCUACAAGGCGAUUCCUCUAAAAACUGAUAAGUGCAAAUUCUCUGAAAUUUGUCCAUGCUGUGACUGCGGAGGCUCAUUAGCUUCGAACUGACUUCAAAGAAUUCAGCAACUUAUCACGAAAAAUAGAACAAGCCAGCUAGACUACACUCUGUACUUACCAUACAUAUAAGGGUUCCAUAUCUGGAUUCUGACAGUUCAUGCACGCAGACUGUUGGAUUGAUACAGCUCUUAGGAUAGUGGAGAAAUAAGGCGCAUAUACUUUUAUCCUCGUUAAGCUGUCAGCUUCGCUAUCCAAAUCCAACAACCAACAAGCUCAGGAGAUGAUCUUUGCCCAACACAUGGUGUUCAUAGUCUCGUAGCUGUAGCCCCCUGAAUUUUAGGGACAAAUUCAAACGCCAUUUACAACAUUUCUGGCUCUAGCCUGCAGCCUUUGCUGCCAUGGACAUACUAAGCAUCCGCCGGCUACCUCUGUCGUUAGUUUGAGGUAAUAGUCAGGUUCUUCUAAUCUAGUUUGAUAGAUACUCCCUCCAUCCCAAAUUACUAUUCAUUUUAGCUUUUCAAAAUAGCUAUGUAUUUAGAUGUAGUAUAUAUGUACACAUCAAAGUACAUAUAACAACCAAAACGAAUAAUUUGGUAUGUAGGGAAAAUUAGGAUGUAGAUACGAACAAGAAAUCUAGGGGUGCAGAAAAGAGACCUGUGACAGUCUCUUUGAUAAGAUAUUUUUUUUCUCGAAUACAACUCUAUCAUUGUAUUAAGAAGAAAUAGAAUUGGUUACAACCAACCUAA